UCUUCUUCCUUUGUCUCUUUGUCUCGUUUAAACAACGUCGUCGCCAUUCAGCAUGGACGACGGAGACGUCCCGAGUCAAGGUUCCUUUGUCCUCGACCUCGCCUUCGAGACGGGGAUGAAGUGGGCGCCGACAGACGUGCCAGCAGACACCCAAGCGUUCGAGGCGUGGUCCAAGACGAUUUCACUUCGCGACCUCUGGUUCCCCUAUAGCCCAAGGCGAUACUCCAUCACAUGGUCAACCCGUGCCGAGCUGGACGACGUCCUUGGCGCGCUGCAGCGCUUCCCGAUCACAACAAUCAUCCUGCGCGAUGUUGACCACGACGAGCCACAAGCCACCCUUCUCAUAGCAUACUUUAUCGACAAGCUCAACAUCCCCACUAUGAGAACCCUGGGGAUUAGGACGAGGAAGUUUCCGGCCCAAGUGCCCGUCAUCUCAGCACUGGCAGGGUACCUCGCCAGGCGGCGCAGCCACGGGCUCCGACACCUGACUAUCAACGGGGAGGACAUCGCGCUCGAGCUUCGGUCGUCCCUCAUCCCAAUCGUCAAGGCCAACUACACGCUGCGCACGCUCGAGAUCAUGCCCGACAGCCCGCCCAUGGGGCUCCCCGCCGCCCCGCACGGUGUCAUCAUUCUGGCGGUCGACGCCACCGGCACAGGCGCAAGUCACGUCGGCCAAGCAAACUCCACCCCCAAUCUCCAGGAGACUCUCCUCGACCAUUAG